AUGCCGACACGUUCCCGUCAGUCCAAUGCUCGGGCGACGGCACAACCCGAGGCAGAGGAAGCGGCCUACAACAUUACUGGUCUUGAUUUCAAUGAGCCUCUGACAUGGCGCGCUGGCAAGGCUAUACCAGUCGCAGAUCUCUUCACUAGACUGCAGAAGUUGUCCAACGAGCUACGUAACGUGGAUGACCAGGCAAUCGAUGUCAAAGAAAUAGCAGGGCUCGCCCAAGACCUGGUACAUCCGAACCUACUAGGCCACAAGGACAAAGGUGUAAGAGCGUGGACUGUGGCAUGUGUGGUUGAUAUCCUUAAUAUAUGCGCUCCCGAUGCGCCAUACCGCCCGAAUCAAUUGCGCGACAUCUUCACCGUCAUCAUCAACACUAUUUUACCUGCGCUGGCUGACCCAUCGAACGCCUAUAAUGCUCAGCAUCAAUACAUCCUCGAUCAGCUGGUGGACGCGCAGAGCAUUGUGCUCAUUACAGACAUCCAAGACGCAGACACGCUGAUUACUCAACUGUUCACAAACGCCUUUGAUGUUGUAUCUGGUUCAGGCAAGAGCAAUUCAAGCGUAGAGCUGGCGCAAAGCGUGGUUUUCCAGAUCACUAUGAUGCUCAACACUGUGGUAGACGAAGCCAAUCUCCCGCAAGAGGUUAUAGAUAUUAUUAUUGCACAAUUUCUCAGAGUCGAUCCGAGGAGCCACGAGCAGCCAGCUGCGACAAAGAGGAAAACAGCAGACGCCAAGGACAAGACCCAGUCGACUCUGCUACUAAAGAAUUACCCUCCAGCUUACAACUUGGCCAAGUCAGUAUGCACGGCCUGCUCAGAGAAAAUGGCUGCUGCCAUCAGUCAAUACUUCAACGUCAUAAUCACAAAUGCUGGUGGUGAUUUGACUGACGAUGUUGAAGAGAAAGCAAAAUCACACAGGCGGCACGUUUCACCCGAUAGUGACAACGAAGGACAAGAUCAAGACAGUCUAAAUGACCUGAAAAAAGCUCAUCGUCUUGUGCGUGAGUUAUGGCGAGCAUGUCCCGAUGUCUUGGUCAAUGUGGUCCCGCAGAUAGAGCUUGAACUUGCUGCGGACGCAAAAGCUGUCCGACGCCUUGCAGUCGAGACAUUGGGUGAUAUGAUUGCUGGAAUUGGCCUUGCCGGCUUGCCUGACCUACCGACUCUUGAUCCAGCUGCCUUUCCCCAACCGACCAUUGAGACUGCGGAUAUCACAAUACUGUCCAAUAACCCUCUGCUGCAACCUUCUGCCCCUAAGCCAUUCAUACACGUUCAUCCUGCAACAUACCAAGCUUUCCUUGGUCGCAGGAUCGACAGGGAUGUAUCCGUGCGUGCUUCAUUUGCAAAAGCAGUAGGCCGAGUUUUGCUCACAAGGGCUGCAGGUAGUGCUCUUCGAGAUGAAGAACUGUCUGCUCUCAUCGCGGCUCAAGCUAAGAUGCUGAAAGAUGUCGACGAACGGGUUCGUCUGAGUGCUUUGCAGAGUCUGGAGAAUUUUCCAUAUCAUACGGUCGUCGACAUGCUGGGUAGUGAUGGUGGUCUUUCAGAGCCAUCGUCUCUGUUAUCGACUAUCGCAGAGCGUGUGACUGACAAAAAACCGCAUGUACGUGAGAAAGCGAUGUAUCUACUAGGAUGCAUGUGGGGAAGUGCAGCAAGAGAUGUUGGAAACGUCAAUGAUCGAGUAUGCUCUAUUCUCGGUCAAAUUCCCACGAGGCUUUUGUCAUCAAUGUAUGUCAAGGACAAUCAUAUCGGAGCCUUACUUUCAAAGGCACUGUAUGAGUAUCUUCUGCCAUUGAGCUAUCCGCCUAUCAAAGGGAAUAUCACUAUCAGUGAGACACAAGGCGAUGGGGAUGUCGCACAAGAAUCGGUCGACCCUGAUUCUCUACGCGUACGCCGCAUACUUACUCUAAUUCGUGAUCUUGACGAACGGGCUAAGCCUGUCUUCUUCGGUUUGCAGAAACGCCAAGCUGAUUUGAGCAAAGCUAUCACCACAUUCCUCAGAGCUUGUGAGGAAUACAAUGCAGGCGUUGCUGAUGACGAGAGUGACGAGAAACGACUCAAGGAACAAUUGACCAGAUUCAUUGAUUCACUCUCGAGACAGUUACCCGACCCUGCAAAAGCCGUGAAUGACUUGUGGAAAUUCGCCAGGGCACACGAUAGACGGGCUUAUCAGCUCAUCAGGUUUGCUAUGGGUGCAGAGCACGAAUAUAAGACCAUGACGAAAGCGAUCAAGGAACUCAACAAGCGUCUACGCGAUAAUGGUAUGGGAAAUGUCCUUGAGACUUUGAUGCCCAUAUUGUAUCAAUGUGCUCUGAUCAGCUACAACCGGAGUCAUAUUCCAGCCAUCAUGGAUUAUGCGAGAUCUCCUGACAAUGGAUUUGCCGAAGCUGCUCAAGAAGUAUUGAGAGAGAUCUCGGAAAAGGUUCCGGAAGUAAUGAAGACUCAUAUUCAAGUGUUAUGUGGAGAGCUCGAAGAUAUGGCGCCGUCCCAGAAGAACACGGAACCAGCAUCUGCGGUCGACUCCCUCAAAGCAUGUUCGGCAUUCGCCAGGAGGUUUCCUGAAGAUUUACCUAAGGAGCGUCGUUUCUAUACUGCCAUGCUGGCCUUUGUACAGUUCUCGCAAUCUCCGAAGGCAGCAAAGCAUGCAGCCACCAUUACCCUUCUCGCUUCAGAUAAGAAGGAAAUGUACGCAAAGGAUGUUUUGACCAAGGCAAUCAAAGCCUGCAGUUCUGGAACCAACAACAGGCUUACUCAUCUUGCGGCUAUCUCUCAAGUCUGCUUGAUUGCGCCAGCUGCUGCCAGUGCACAAGAAGAUCAAAUACUCAAGAUUGUCAACGAGACGUUGCAGACCACUGAAUCGAAGUCAAUAGAAUGGGACCAGACUGCUUGGUCGGAUGAGAUAGAUGAUGAGACUGCAGCGAAGCAGUUUGCUCUCAGGAUUCAUGUUAACCGUUGCCGCGGAGAACGUGGAAGGGAUAACAAGGAAAAGUUCGAAGAGCUAGCCAGCACAGCUGUCAAGACCCUAUUGGAUGUCAUCGAGCACGACGGAAUUGUAGGCGGUAGUGAGGCACCUUCAACCCAACGCAAUCAUCUCCGCUUGACAGCAGCCAAAUACAUCCUGAAGCUCUGCCGCCAUAAACAGCGCUGUGAAGAGCUCAUCACCCCUGAGAUGUUUCAUACUAUCGCCUGGAUAUUGCUUAGUCCACCUCAUGGUGUGCGAAGUGGUCUUGUCCAUCAACUCAAAAAGUAUCUAUCACAAAAUCGACUUAACGCCCGGUGGCUGACAUUGCUGUUCCUUCUACCUUUCGAACCAGACGAUGAGCUGCGAGUUUCUACCAUUGCAUGGCUGAAAUCAAGAGCAGACUUCUUCGCACGCCAACAGAAACAGGCUCGAAUGAACAGCGACAAGAAGCCUGCCCAGAAUAUCAUAGAACUGCUACUUGCACGCUUUAUCUCGUUACUGGCUCAUCAUCCGGACUUCCCAGCCAAGGGUGACGACGACUAUGAGGGUCAGAUGCUAGAUUUUGCCAAAUACAUAAUCUUUUACCUCCAAUGCGUUGCCACAGACGACAACCUUUCUCUGAUCUUUCAUGUAGCGCAACGGAUCAAGCAAGCUGCAGACGCCACAAGCAACAGCGAAGAGAUGGAUGAGCGACUCUACAUCUUGAGUGAUUUAGCUCAAGCCACGAUUCGCAACUAUGCUGACCAGAUGCCUGGGAGCGCUAAGGGAACAAACUUGCUUCAGACCUGGCCUGGCAGAACACAUCUUCCAAAUCUGUUAUUCAAGGCAAUUAAUGGUCAUGCUAAAGCUCAAGACAUAGCUGCCAAGAAUUAUCUUCCUGAAGAUGUCGCUGCUGGCCUUACGCAUCUUGUAAAAAGAAUGAUCAGAAAUACUAAGCAGAGCACAUCGUCGCGACACAAGACACCGGCAUCAGACAGGAAACGGAAACUAUCAAUGUCCAUUGAUGCCGACGACGACAACGACAACGAGCCAGGAUCGACGCGCAAGUCGGCGAAGAAAAACAAAAGGGAUAGAGCAGCAUCAAGCCUGCCAAUCCGAAAGACUCCGAGUAAAAGCGCCAAGAAGAGAAAGAGUGAGCAAGCAGCAUUGAGCGUCGAGCAGCCGAGCCGAAAGAGUGUGCGAAUGAGCUCAAGCAAAAAAGUCAACUAUGAGGAGAGCGAUGAUGACGAUGAAGAAGAGGGCGAUGCGGAAGAUGUUAUCCCGUACAAGCCGGCUCCGAUGGAGAAGUACAAACACAAGACGACGAAGGCGAGGGAUGAGACUCCUGUCAUUGAGGAGGAAGAUGAAGAGGAUGAUGAUGCUGGCGAUGAUCAAGAGGAAGAAGCUGCCUCGCCGACGCAGCAGAGGAAAAGUGCCACAAAGAAAGUUGGCCUGAGUGAUGAUGAGAGUGGCGUACAAUCCGGAGAAGCUCAAGACGACGAAGUCGCGGCUGAAGAGCAUGAAGAAGAGGUCAUUGAGUCUGAAGACGCCGCAGACGUCGAGAUGACGAAUGGUGCUGACAAGGAACAUGGAGAUGAUGUUCCGACCAACGAUGAGCAGGAUGCCAUGGAUGAAGAUGAGGAGGAGGAAGAAGAAGAAGAAGAAGAAGCAGAAGAAGGGGAAGAGGCUGAAGCCGCUCCUUCGCCUCCGGCACCUAAGCGUAACGGAAAAGCGACGCGUGCCAAAGCUACACCACAAACUGCAUCAGCAUCAGACAAAACGUCAAAGGCGAAAGAGAAAGCGUCAAGUACGAAAAAACCUGUCAGCACUAUCAAAGCCAAGCCUUCCUCGAAGAAGGACGUUGCGAGAGACAACUCGGCCACGACAUCGCCUGCAGCGGUGACAGAGUCAACUAGGAGAAGCUCUAGACGGCACAAGGCGUGA